GUGAAUUGAGUGCAAAGAUUAGCUAUUGAAGAUGUCUUUAUUCACAACCAUAUCAUUCAUUUUUGCUUUCCUGCUUAUCCAAACUUGUAGCCUCACAAAUGCUGAAAAUGACACAAAUGCACCAAUAGAACCUGGUAAACCAAGAUGGUGUGUGGCAAAGCCAGAUACGGUUGAUGACAAAUUAAAGUUGAUGAUCGCCUUGGCUUGUAAGAAUAAACAAGUGGAUUGCUCUGCGCUUCAAGUAGGAGGUCCCUGUCUUGACCCCACCAAUUUGCGAGGUCAAGCUUCUUUCGUCAUGAAUCAAGAGUUUGUAACACUCGACAGCUCAGAUGCUCGAUCAUGUUAUAUGGGUGGAAUUGGCAUGAUCGUCACCACCGAUCCUAGUGUUACGGUAACUGCAAAUUUCCUCCACGCACCGAUUAGACAAAAAUUAUGCACAAGCCAAAUAUAUGUCACACACAUUUAAUUUUUUUUUGACAUGUC